UUGCUUAGAAAUUAUUUCAGAUUACUUAAUAAAAAUAUUUUAUGUAAAGGUAUUUUUAUUUAUUACCUUUGUAUCCCACCUUUCAUCCAAGGACCUCAAAGAAUCAUACAUAGAUCUCAUUUCCCCCCCUCACAAUAGCCUGUGAGGUAGGUAAUAGCAUCUGGUCUCAGAUAGAUUGUAGUGACUGUCCCUGCUAAUUUCAUGGCAGCUUGGGAAUUUUAAUGUAGGUUUCCAGGUGCUAGUUAAACACUCUGCAAUAGUGAUGUCUUCAUAAAAAGGUGUAUAUCAGCUUUUCAUCAAGAGAACACCAAUUUGUUUUGGUGUUAUGAUUGGUUUUAUGAAUGCAAAUCAUUCCUGGAACAGUAUAGUUGUCUACUAUUACAACUAAUUUUUGCCUUUUAUUCAAAGUAAUAAUAGCCUCUAGACAUAUAAAUUACUGUAGAUUAUUUGGUAGUCAUGCCUUCUGCAGCCAGUGCAAUAUCUUUUAUUGGGACACCCCAUGGAAUUUAAUGAGAGCAAAGCAGAUGAUAUGUAUGAAAGUGACAAGUUUGAUAACACAUACGGUGUUGGUACAGUCCUCAUUGGGUUUUGCCACUCCAGUGUUGUUUAUGCUGUCAAACGUUCCUGGCUACUUAGCAGACCUCUUAUUUUGACAUUUUGCCAGUUGGGACUCCCUCUAGCUCAGGGGUGGGGAACCGAUGGCUCACAGGCCAAUCUUGGCCCCAUCAGGGGUUCCAAUUUAGCCCAUGAGGAUAUUUUCCACGAACCACACCCACAUGUGGCAUCAGUUUAUGGGCAGGGUUCAGUCCUGCUGGGUGCUGCUUCACUAGUGGAGAGUGCAUUAGCAAAGUAAAUUCCUGCAGAGAGCAGAAUUGUAUCCUCUGCUCACCAGCUGGUGAGUGGAGCACUUAAUCUUGCUGGAUGCUGCUUUGCCACUGCAUUUUCUGCAAAUAACAUCUCCCUUCACCUAUAAGUCAACUUUAGCAUGUGGAUGGUACUGCCCACUAAUCAGUUACCUGACACCAUUAUGUCAAAGAUUGACAGGUGUGUGGCUACUGCGUACCUGUCGAAGAUGGCCCGUGGGGUGGUGGGCAUUAAAGAUCUUGGCUGUUGAACUUCCGCUUAAGGCACCACGGAAGAUGGCUGAAAAUUCCAUUGCUCCAGCUCUUACGGGGUAAUUAGAGGCUGAGAUGGGAGUAAUCAGUCUCCCAAAAUCUUCCAGGGGGGUAUGGGAAGAUGCAGUCUCAUCCGCAGAUGCCCAACAACCCAGCCCCAAAUUUGGAAGGAAGGAGGGGCUGGGGGGCACUGGAUGGAAAAACCCCGAGAGAGUCUGGCUCUCCUGGACUCUGUCUCCGUGAGUGAAUCAAGUUCCAUUUCUUAAGAUGAAAAAUUGGAUUUAAGUUUUGGACAUUCUUCGAGCGAGGAGGGAGGAAUUACUCUGCUAAACAACCCAGCCACUGAGGUGUCAAAAAAGACUGAGUGGAAGAAGGAUUAACAUCUAAGUUGGUAUGUUGGAACGGAACAGAAUGGGUGAAGAUAAAAAGUUGAAAUUCCAAAUUGAAUUAUUGGAAGGCAGAGAGAAAUUAUUAUCAAAAAUAGAUAAUUUCUUGUUGGAAUGGUUUACAAAAGAUGAAUCGGCAAAAUAUGCUAUGAUAAAAUGGGCAAUGGAUUUUGGGUACAAUAUUGAAUAUGACGCGUGGUUGAAAUUAUGGAAUGAAACAUUGAAAUUUACUGCAUCUACCGACUUGAAGGAAAAUGUGAUGAAAAUGAUGUGUAGAUGGUACUUAACACCGGUGAAAUUAGCUAAAAUGUACAGGAUGAGUAACAAAACAUGUUGGAAAUGUAAAGAUAAAGAUGGUGAAUUUUAUCAUAUGUGGUGGACAUGUGAGAAAGUAAAAGGAUUUUGGGAAAUGAUAUAUAAUGAGUUGAAAAAGAUGUUUCAGUAUUCUUUUCCCCCAAACCCGAAGCAUUUCUAUUAGGUUUAAUGGGAGAGGAAAUAGCAAAGGGAGAUCAGAGAUUGUUUAUGUAUGCUACAACUGCGGCGAGGACUUUACUAGCCCCAAAGUGGAAAUUACAGGAGAUACUGAAGAUUGAGGAGUGGCAAACAAAGAUGAUGGAUGAUGCUGUACUGGCAAAGUUGACCUGCGGGAUCUGAAACCAGGGAGAGACAAAGUUCCAGAGGGAAUGGAGUAAAUUUAUUGACUAUAUUGAGAAGAACUGUAGAAGUUUGAAGACACUUGCAGGACUGAAAUAAAUCCUAUGAUGUGAACUUGUUUGUUUUCAUAAAAAGGAACUGCGAGAUGAGAUUGAGAAACAAAGCCGAAUGGCGGGAGGGAGAGAAGUCACAUGCUCGGCAGAGCGUAAAGACUGAGAAGGGUGAAUUUAAGAUGAAAUGUAAUUUGUUUUGUUUAUUUGGAAAAUAAAAGAUUAUCCAAUUUGUUGACAUCAGACAGAAGCAGGAUCUCAUUAGCCGCUAGAGUCUUGUUAAAAAACCUUGGAUGGUUUCCUAGAAUCUGUGGGAGCAGUGUCGCAGUUUUAAUUUGGAAAUCCGCCAUAUUGGAAGUCAAGACCGGGCUGAAGAAUUAUAAAUAGUCAUAGGGGGAGGUGAGCCUUUAAAAUGUAAUUAUAUUUGUAUUUCCAGUUUGAUUUGGUAAAUCUCCCCUGAAAAGGCUAAUGUUUGAUGUUUGAUGUAACCGGUUUGGGAAAAUUACUGAGCAGAUGCUUAGACUUGAUUUUAUUGGAACUAUGUGAACAUGGUGGCUGCCAGCAGUGAAAUGACUUUUGGAUUGAUUCCGCAGAAACACCAGAGUGUGAGGAGAUACUGUGAACUUAUGGAAGGGAAUCAUAGACAUAAAACCCACACAGAAAGACAUAAUUGUUUGUUUUAACUCGCUUGUGGGAACAACUCAGAGGCUGCGAAAGAAUGAAGGAUAACAACAGAAAGAAAUAGAGGAACCACUGAAAAUGAUUAUGAAAUGCAGUAGAACUAUGAUGAUGACCAGAGCCCUUCAAAUUUGAAGCAUGGGAAGUCCUCAAUAAAUUAUAAUUUGGCAGAAUAUUUGGAUUAUUUGAUAUAUAUAUGUAUAAUUUGGAAUAUUUAGUGUGAUUUGAUUGGAUUGUUAAAGUAGAAAACUUAAUAAAAAUGAUUUAAAGUGGUACCUUGACUUAUGAAGAUGAUCCGUUCCGCGGCGCUCUUCAUAAGUCGAGGUUUCUGGAUGUCGAAGUGGCCAUUCUGCGCAUGCGCGAAGCACGAUUUUGCGUAUUUGCGCAUACACGGACCGCACGCAGGGCGAAAACACUUCCGGGGGUGUCAGCUUCGUAAGUCGAAACCUUCGGAAGUCGAAGCAUUCGUAUGUUGAGGUACCACUGUAUAUAAAAAGGGGGGGAAAUUUAUAUGCCUGACUAGCUUCCCCCAGCUGCUAAUCCAGCCAGUGAAAUCAGGAGGUAUGGCUCAAAUUCCAGUGAGUAGGAAUUUGAAAGGGAAAGGUAAAUUUAGCCCCUGGGAAUGGGAUUGUUUUUGUAACCAAGGGAAAUGACGGUGCGUGUUAAGAAGGGAUAAGGCAAUGGGCAUUGAAUUAACUGUGGAAUUAAUGCCCUAUGGAUGUUUCCUUUUUAAAUCAAAUGUUUUUAACCAGUCACAAAAUGGCUGCUACAUCUUGUGGAAAUAGAGACAGAGCCACAAAAUGGUCAGCCACCUCAUCAAUGGGGAGGGGGCACCAACAGAAUCCACUGCUGUGCUCUCUUGCAGGGAGAAUCCAUCACUUCUCUGUUUAGAACAGAAUGGAUGGUGAGUGUCCAGUUCUGGCAUUCAGUGAAGGGGUGGGCAUUUUUAAAGGGCUGAAGGUAUUCAGUGUGGUAAAGGCCAAACCAGUUCAAACAAGAACUAAGCAGGAAGAGCAAACAGUCUCUAAUGCAUUGCGGUUUUGAGAGGUUACUUCUUGUGACCUUUCACAGGUCAUGGGAACCCCUGCCAUAGCCAAUAUCUUAUACUGUAUAAGUUCAACUACAAUGACAAUUUUCUCAAAUUUUGAAGAAAAUGAAGCAGCUUUAAGCAAUGUAAUAUUACCAUAGUUUAUUUUACAUAAAUAAAAAAGUACUUAUUUUAAAGUCACAUUAAGUUAUCUUCUGUAUGACAAUAUGCCUUACAUGAAGAAUUGUGUACCGUUAAACAGAAAUAAUCUGGUGUCUAAUCUUUUAUCACUAUUUGCUUCCUGUCUCAUUGGGUUGCUAAUAAGCAAAUUCAAACCAUCAUAUCAAAGGCACCUAAAAAGAGGAUACAGAGAACUGUGGAAGCAAAAAUAUUAAUGUUAUAUGGACAAAAUAUAAAACAAUCUUACCAAUAAGAAGCAUUUAUUUAUUUGUUUAUUUAAAAAUGUGAAAAAAACAAUUCUUAAGAACUGAAAGCAAAAUGCCUACAUUUUUUAUCUGAUAUAGGUGUAAAAUAGCUCAGAAGUCCAUUAAAUGCCCCUUUUAACAGCCCCUAUGUUACCUCAGUAACCUCCUCCCUACCCUGAAACUUUUGUAAGUUAUUACCGGUAAUUAAAAAGCAUGACAAAUCCUCAGGCUAUGACCAUUUACUUUGAUGUGCAAAGGGCCAUGAUACUAGUCAGGAUUUUCCUGCUGUGAAAACCAGUAGGCAGGAGGAAAAAAACCCAGGUUAUCCUGGAGACUCAAAAGCAGGAAUAGGAACAUUGGGACAUGCCUUAUACUGAGUCUGAUAAUUGAUCUAUCUAGCUCUGGCAUGUCUUAAGACUGGAAUCUGGGUGGUGGUGGUGCACAGACAUAAUUCCACUGUCUAUAACUUAAACUUCAAACCUUCAGAUUUCCACCAAGAGCAUAACUAUGGUCCAUUAAUUAUUGUCUGGGGGAUUGGUCUGCUUUUGAAGAGUGACUUGCUCAUGAGUUUCUUUUUACUCAUGCAAAAUCUUUAUUCACCAGGUGUGCAUUUCUGCAUCUGGUAGCCAAUCAAGCCUGCAACUUUAGGCUCCUGUGGUCCUUAGAACUAAGUGGAUACCUGAUGUCUGUCUCAGAUUCAGAGAGAAGGUUAUCCACAUAUUAGGAGGAAGCAUGAACUGCUCUCUCCCUCGAUGACACUGGAUCCAAUUGGUGUGCCUUAAUGUUCCUUGACAUGGUCCGUCUCCCUAUAACAUUGUGCUUGGGAAGCUUAAGAUUAUCUCUGAAGAGAAUAACUCCAGUGAAAGCCAGAUACUGUAGUAUCAACCCCCAAGGAGCCUCUCCUAAAUAGAGUUCAUAUUUCUUGUAUUAGUAUGAGGUUAGUGAUUUUGGUUAUCUUUCACUCCCCUAACAUCUUGGUCCGAAAAUUUUCCACAGAACAUCCUGUUCUUCCUGUAACUGCCCUUUUUGCUAACCAUCUUCUAGGUUCUCCCCCACCCUUUCCAUUCUCUCCCCAUUCCGUCUUGUUAAUAACCAAGCUCCGCCCACAUUCCAAAGGGAAAUCUGACAGUUGCUAUAGACAGAAUCCUUCUCCUCUAUCUAACAUGCAGCCUUCUUCCUAUCUUGCCUUGCACCCACAAGAAGCUUCCCUAUUGAGAAAGACAAGCAAGAGUGGAGUGGUCUAGUGAAUUAUUUCACCGAUCAAGGAAAAUGACUAGCAAUCUUGCCUGGCUACUGGUGCUGAUCUCAUGGAACGUGUUAUGUGAGAAUGCAGGUCAGAAGCCACCACAGGGUUUUAGAUAUGCUUCUUAUGAAGUGAUCAUCCCGAGGAAACUUACUCCCCGAUAUGGAGAACAUGAAACUCAUGAUGUCACAUACCUGCUGCAGAUUGAGGGGAAGGGUCUUGUGGUGAUGCUCAGGAAAAAGAAGAGCUUUGUCCCUAAACACUUCACUGUCAUCACAUACAGUAAGGAGGGAGACCUCCAGGUGGACUAUCCUUUCAUCAAAGAUGACUGCUUCUACCAUGGCUUUGUACAAGACAAGCCUUCCUCUAGGGUCACCCUCAGUACUUGCUCAGGGGGCCUCAGGGGUCUACUUCACUUAGAAAAUUACACCUUUGAAAUUGAACCUGUUCAGGCACCUGGUACUCCUCAACAUGUGGUGUACAGAUUGGAGGGAAUUGAAGGUGCUGUUCGCAUGAGGUGUGGGCUAACAAAGGAAAUUCAAAGGCGCCAAGAGGCCAUGUUCCAAAAUGAAAUGAAAGUAUUGACUGAAAGGGCUUCUAGAGGAGCCUGGUGGUCACACACCAGGUACAUAGAGGUUGCAAUCGUGAUAGAACAUGAACGAUAUGUCCAGUUUGGCAGAAAUGAAAGUCGUGUUGCUAGGCAAGUUAUGGAUAUCAUCCAUACUGCAAACUCAAUAUAUGAGCCACUGUCUGUUGAGCUGUCUAUAGCUGGCUUGGAGAUAUGGACAGAAAAGAACCUCAUAAAAAUUGUUAACAGCAUAGAUGACACUCUUGAAAUGUUCAGCCAUUUUUUAAAAAGUUCACUAAGUAAACGUAUGCAACUUGACGCUGCUCACUUAUUUAUAUAUAAGAGUUAUGAAAGUAAACUUGGGCUAGCGUACCUAAGUACAGUUUGUAAUACCGAUUGGGCAACUGGUGUUGAAUCAUAUGUGACUACCAGUUUGUUCCUUAUUUCUCACACAUUUUCCCAUCAUUUAGGACACAAUCUUGGAAUGAAACAUGAUGAAAAAUACUGCACUUGUGAUCGAAGUUCUUGCAUAAUGGCUGUAUAUCAAACAACCUCUGAUAAGUUUAGCAACUGUAGUUAUAAUGAAUAUUUCAACAUAAGAAACAGACAGUGUUUGCUAAUUCUACCAGACUCCGAUAAAAUAUAUAAAUUUGCAUACUGUGGAAAUGAAGUAGUGGAAGAUGGAGAGGAAUGUGAUUGUGGUUCACCUGAUCAAUGCAAGUUGGAUCCAUGUUGCCAGUCUGAUUGCAUGUUGAGUCCAAGUGCUGCUUGUGCUUUUGGACAGUGUUGUGGUGAGUGUCAGUAUCUUCCAAUUCAUAAGGUUUGCAGAGAACCGGUCAGCAGCUGUGAUCUGCCCGAGUACUGCAACGGGACUUCAGAAUGGUGUCCUGAAGAUGUUUAUGUACAAGACGGUGCCCCUUGUACUGAUGGUGCAUAUUGCUAUCAUGGGAAUUGCACAACUCACAACGGGCAGUGCAGAAUGAUAUUUGGCAACAAAGCAUCCAGUGCAUCAAAGGAUUGUUUCAGUGAAAUGAAUUCUCGAGGUGAUCGCUUUGGAAACUGUGGGCUUAGACAUGACACUUAUAAGAAAUGUGAUACUCAGAACAUCUUGUGCGGCCGAAUCCAGUGUGAAAAUGUUGAUACAGUACCUUCUUUGGAGGAACACAGAACCAUAAUUAACACGCGCCUUGGAAAUAGGAAAUGCUGGAGCACAGAUUACCACACUGGAAUGAAGAUACCUGAUAUUGGAGCAGUGAGAGAUGGGACUCCUUGUGGCAAAGAAAUGAUGUGUAUUAAUGGGGAGUGCAAGAGUGUGUCCCUCUUGAAAUAUGAUUGCAAUGUCACAAAGUGCCAUAAUCGAGGAAUAUGCAACUCUCACAAACAUUGUCACUGUGAUAAUGGCUGGGCCCCUCCAGACUGUCAAAACAAAGGUAAUGGUGGCAGCAUUGACAGCGGACCUCCUCCACCACGGAAGGCUUCACUCCAUAUUGGCAUCAUUAUAGGAAUUAUAGCAGCAACUGUAUUUCUUGUUUUUUCUGUUUCUGGGCUGGGUAUUUAUUUCAGGAAGCCUCUGAGAGAGCGGUUUGUAAUAAAACCAGAAAGAACAUAGGAAGACAAUAUAAAAGAGGGAGAAAAUCCCAACUGAAUCAGAGAAUUGAACAAUACACUGAAUGUGUCAAAUAGAUGUGCAGGAAAUAAUGGACAGUAUUAUGUAGUGAUACAUUUAAGUUUCUAAAGUUUUAAAAGCCCUUCAUUACAUUUGUCUACUUCGCACAACAGCGUAGAACUCUGCAAUGUGUUGAUGUUUUCUGUGUUCUCUAACUCUCAGAAGUAUCUCCCUCAAGCCCACUGGGGAAAAGAAACUUCUGUGGAGGAAACUAAAUACUUUCAACAAAAGCCAGGCUCGGAAUAAAAUCCCAUUUUCACAGAAACCAACAUAACCACUGAUGCCAUUUGAGUAACUGAGGUGAUGUUCUAAAAUAUGCUAGUUGUAGAGCAGUAAAAAGGCAACAAAAUACUUUAACAGCUGAGCACCACAAUGUUAUGUAAUCUUAGUGAUUCCAUGCCUUCAUAUCAAAGCAACUGAAGAAUGGAUACAGAGAACCGUGGAAACAAAAACAAUGCUAAAAUGACAAAAUGUUUAUUUGUUUAAUUUAUUCAUCACACUUUAAAGAAAGUAAUCCAAAGUGAUUUAUAAUAUAGAAACAAACACAUACAGUACAUUGAAACCAGCAGAAAAUAAAAUAAAAACCAAGGAUAAAUCUAAAAUAAAAUCCCAUUUUUUAAAAGGCGGGAUUAAAACAUUCCACCCACUGGAGACCACAGAUAACUAAAAACAAAGAUCUAGCAAAAGAGGGGGGAGUUUUUGCUUAGUGCCUAAAGCUAUUUCUUUAUGAUGCCAGGUGAGCCUCCUCCGGGGGAGCAUUCCAUAAGCAGGGAGCCGCCACUGAAAAGGCCCCUUCUUGUGUUUCCACACACACACACACCGAACUCCUGAGGAGGAGGCACAAGAAGAAAGGCGUCAGAUGAUUAUUGUAGGGUCUAUGCCGGUUUAAACAGGGAGAGGUGUUUCUUCAAGUAUUUGGGUACUGAGCCACAAUAGGCUUUGUAGGUCAAAACCAGCAAUUUGAAUUGGGCCCAGAAAUUGGGCCCAGUGUGGUUGGGCCAGGAUUGGUGUUAUGUGCUCAGAUUGGUGUUAUGUGCUCCGUGAGCAACCUGACUACUGAAUUCUGUAUCAACUUCUGAAUUGCCUUCAAAGACAGCCCCAUGUAUAACACAUUGAGUAAUCUAACCCAGAGGUCAUCAGAGUGUAGCUGGCCACCAGCCAAAGCUGAUAGAAGGCACUUCAUGCCACCAAGGCCGCUUGAGCCUCAAGUGAUAGCAAAGCGAAGUUUCCAGAUGUGUAACCCCAUCAAGAGCAGUCCAUUUCCCAUCCAUCCAGUCCAGGGAACCAUUCACUUCAGUUUAAUCUGAAUUGAGCUUCAGUUUAUUGGCUCCCAUCCAGUCUAUUACUAAGUCAAGACAUCAGUCAUGCACAUCCACUGCUACAGGGGCGUAGCCAGGAUCAAAACUAG